GCCAGCCAUGCCGGCUUUGGCGGUGGCGCAGCAGUGCCAUGGUUCUGUGCAGACAGAAACGCGGAAUCGGUGGCGUUGAUCCAGGAGUGGUUGCUGGGCGGAUGAUAUGUGCCCGGGCGGCCAAGCCCGGCGAUGUCCGGAAAGUCGCUGGUGGGAAAAAGUACAGCCCGGAUCCGCGAAUUUGCUCAACAGUCCACUUGGCAUUCUGGACUUGCCGAGAUCCAAAAGUUGCAUUUAAAUUCGGUGCAAUGUGACACUCUACUGUUCAAUGCAGGGAUCUCUUUGCUGGAAAGGUCCGGGCGUUGGCAGCACUGCAUCCACUUGGCCUUGGAGAUGCCGCAAAGCGCUCUCGCCAGGGACAUUGCAUCAUACGGCACCGUACUGAGUGCCGUAAGCAAGCGACAUUGCUGGCUGAGAGCUAUAGACAUAUUGCACGCUGCUGAAGAUCAGCACCUGCAGACGAACAUCAUUUCUUACAACACUGCGAUGAAUGCAGCCAUCAGAGUUGACACCUGGAAGGGAGGCAUCCGCAUCCUUCAAGCAGCCCUGUUGCGUUCCCUUCAGCCCAGCAUCAUCUCCUCCAACUGCGCUAUGACUGCCGAGCCAAGCUCCUGGCGCCGAGCCUUGGAGUCCUGCGGCUCCAUCUGCCGCCAGUAUUCCCUGCAAAUGGAUGAGACCUCUUUUGGUUCCAGCACUAGCGCUUUCGCCCGUGGUGACUGCUGGCAGGAUUGCUUGAACGUGCUGCGAGUCAGCAUGUGCAACGGAAGAAGACUGAUCAACACCAUCAGCAUCAACGCGGCCAUCGGUGCCUGCAUUGGCGUCGCUGCCCCAUGGCAUAUGACCUCGGUGUUGAUUAGCUCGGCGCUGCGGCUGCAGCUGCGGCCAGACUCCUCCAGUAGGUCCUCUGCAGCCAAUGCCUGUUCUAUGGCAGGGCGCUGGCGAAGCUCUCUGGCCAUUUUCCGUGCAGGUGAUGCCGAUGACAACCUUUGCUUUGCUGCGAUGCGGGAUGCGGGCAGGGGGUAUUAUUGGGAAGAAGUGUGGAAGCUAUUAGGAGAAAUGACCAGCAAUGGCUUGCGCUUGGAAGCCUCAAGAUUCAGUCCUAUCCUUAGCAGUGCCUUAGGCGAGUGUGGUUUGUGGCGAAGAAACUGCCAUUUGCUAAGCUUUCUGCGAUUCAACGCGUUCAACGACGCCGCUGCAGUGGCCGGCACGCUCGCUGCCAGCAUUUGCAGCAGCAGCUGGAGGCUGCUCCUAUCCUCCGGCGCGAGGAAUGCCAUGCUGACCACCUCAGCGCAGCUCAGCGCAUGGCAGCGAUGCUUCUGGCUGUUACGUGACGGCUCGGCAGAUCUCAUCGGAUGCUUCGGAGCCAUGGCGCAGCUGCAAAGACCUGAGACCUGGCUUCGGUGCGUUGAGACGCUCUGGUGGAUAUCCUUCGGAGAUCGGAUCCACAGUUCGCAUCUACGAGUUCAGCCGCAUCAUGCCUCCUACCGAUCUGCUGUUCGGGCGAUCGGCCUGGGCUCCGGGCCGCCGGAACUUGCAAUGAACUGUUGGCAGGCGCAUCCGCUGGAUGUUGACGGUACCCUAACCUCUGCUACCAUCUGGGCCUUCGAGAGUAAUGAGGUGCCCUGGGAUCCUGGCCGUUGGCCUUGCAAAGAAUGGCAGUGCUGCGGCCAAGAAAAACUCUUGGGCGUGACACGGAUGGAACUCCUUGGGGCGCCUGUGGCCCCGCGGCUCAAGCUGUUGUACCAUGGCGCCGACGACAAGGCCAUGGGCUGCGAUAGCUGCCAUUGCGCUGCUAUUUGCUGCAGCCCACCAAGCAUUUGCAGCCCCUCGAGAGAUGGGGAACAGACGCGGCUGUCGCAACUGAGCACUGCGCAGGCUGGAUGUGGACGCGAUCUUAGAGGUUCAAGGACAGCGAUGCAUGGGGGCACUGCAACUUCGAUCAAGAAUCCUACCUUGGACGUUUUUUUGACCUUGGCCCUGAUCUUUGGUGCCGCAGCAGCGCUUGGCUACGUCUACCCUGCAGCUGUCCAGGCGUUGGGCUUUCGAAACCGCUUGCGUGAGCUGGUCUUCGCCGUCUUCAGUGCUUGUUCCAUUCUCUGGUUUCUGGCUCCCAGCCAUUGGGCCCAGCGGGUCUCGAGCAGAUUGCGGCCGCAAGCUUUACGCUGCGCUGCACAUGGGCGGAAUCGCGCGGCUGCCAUCCUCCUGGCGGCAGGAGAUUUCAGCCGCUUCGCGGUCACUGCGGCGCAGGGCUUUUUCGCAGCUCGUUUGGCUGUGGAAGCACUACCACCAGUGGCCAGCAGGCUUUUACCCUUCAUUCCAUUUAACGCAUCCUUCAUGACCAGCAAUCGCGCCUUGAAGCUCAUGGGCCCCUUUCUGGGCCCUGUCGCCUCCAUGGCUGGCUGGAUGACGGAGCUCGUGGGCAUUUUGAUCCGCCACCACGCCUGGGAGCUGCUGUUGGUCCUGGCCGCAGCCCCUGCCAGCCGCUUCUGCUUUCGGGCCUUGGAGCCAGCGCCAAGACGAGAACGGCCCAGGACGGUAGGCACUCGUCUCAGGGAGAUCUUGCGCAGCUCGCUGUCCAGCAGCUGUUUGUUCCUGGGCCUCUGGGGAGCCCUGAGCCUCGGAGGACGAUCCUUGAGCGCUGCUAGGUGGCUCUCCAUCCUUUGUCUAACUACUGCUAUCAGUUCACAGGUCCUUCACGACUUUUUGGCGCGUGCGGUGAUUCGCGUGCAUCGAUUAAAGCUCGACUCCAAGGCUCUCAAGGGAUUUGUCGGUGGAUGCAUGGUCAAUGGCCAGUUUUCCAGUUUCGAUGGCCUUGAAGCUCAGAUUUCCACCAGCUCUGGCGAGUUGCGCAUACCGGCGGCCGUGGCCCUGAAACUGGCGCGCGCAUCGGCCGUGGGGGCACCGGAGUGUCAGGCAGAAGUGCCAGUGGCGGCGGUGAUGGCUGGGAUGGAGGUUGCAAAGAAAGCCUUGAAUCCCGUGUCCAAAAAGGCGAAGCUGAAGAAACUCAUGGCCCUCCCAGUGGCCGCGAUUCUCAUCACGCUGGCCAUUAAAUAUCAUGUCUUCGGACGUUUCCUGUAUGCCUUCGCGGUGUCCUCGUGCUUCGGUGGGGCAAGUGGGAGGGGGCUCCAGUCCAAGUACCUCUCUGCCUAUGUGUUGCCGCCUCCUUUGCUGGUGGUUCUGCCAUUGAUCAUUUUCAGUUUCGAUGGCCCCAUUGGCUCUGCGAGUUCUCUUGGCAUGGCGCUGGGUCUGGCUGCAAGUUGCCUCAAACAGCUUCUGCAGAAGCCGCUCAGAGGAGCACAGGUGGCCUGUGCCAGCUUGGACGUGGCACAGGACAAAGCUACGAUCGUUUGGAGGGGCAAUGCCUCGACCGCAGAGGAGGUUGGCGCAAAAAUCAAAGAAGCAGCUGCUGAUGACAAGGCCAAAGACAGCCUAAAGAAACAUCACAAGAAGAUGCGGAUCAGAGGCAUGAUUUUUAGCUUCGUUUCUUUGGUGCUCCUGUGUGGGGUAGUGAUGUGGCGACCCUUUGUUUUCUCAGUGGAAGAUGCCGUCAGCAAAGUCGGGGCACGUUUGCUCAUCUUCGGCCUUUGCUCUGGCUUAUCCCUGCGGCUGCUGCAGUAUGCGGUCAUUCCUCAAGCAGCACGAUUUGCGCUGCCAUCUCCACUGGGCGCACUGAGUGCCGGUCCUGGCAAGACGGUACAUUGGUUCCUGGCCGUGAAUUCCCGCACGGCUGCAGCAGCGGCGCUGACUGCCUUUCUGCUGCCGCGCGUGGGACUGCUGCAAAAGAUCGCGUAUCACUUGCAGCUGGUUCACCAGGUGGAAUGGAUGGAUGCCUGGGUCUUCCAGAUCUCCACAGCUUAUCUGGGAUGUGUUUUGAGCGUUCAGACCGCCAAAGCUCUGAUUCGAUGGCUCUCAUUUCGUUCUCCCGGGUCCCUUCUGGGCCUCUGCCUGGCUUUCCUCAAAGCAACGGUCCUCGGCUGCUGCAGUGGCACCUUGACGCGCUGCGUUCUGCUGGCCACGGCCUCGCCAGGGCCCGGCCUCUCCGGGGCCAACGGCACCAGCAUCGCCACCGCAGUGGCGGUGGGGAUGCUGGCGAUGCCCUUUUUCUUGGCCCAAGAUUGGCUUGGCCGCCUUUCAAGCCGAAAAGGCAGCUACUGGGUGCGGCGGGCGGCCGCAGGGGACCUGGUCCCAGCGAGGCUCCUGAACUUCGAAGGGCACCGUGCGGUGCUGCAGCCCUUUGAAUCCGAUGAAGCCAUUGCGGUGCCAGCCGCCGAGUUGAAGGGAGCGUGUCGAUCGGAGCUCCGCCCAGUGCGUAUCCACAUUCCAGUGGAGUCUGGAACGGCUGACGAGAUCGAAGGAUCAGUGCGUUUCUCCUUGAAGCAGCAGGCGGGGCUCCUCCAACGAAUGCCUCUGCAGCCGCAGGUGCGCGUCUCUCAAGACAGGACUUCGAUCCAAGUGACUGGUUUCCUUGAAAGAUCGGCUCACCCAGACCAGGCGCGCGACAUUCGUAGCUCUCUGUUAUUGGCGGCUGCCAAUGCUGCUUGCUGACCUAUCUCUCGAGAUAUCAUGGCCACGGCUGCCAUCAUGGGAAGGGAAGCCCCUGGACUCUUGAAUUGGAUUGAAUUGGG